AUGGCCCCCGACGACGACGAGGACGUCGCCGUCUACGUGCCUGCAGGGCCGCUCACCCUCCCGCCCGAGCUGAUCCUGCACAUCCUCGCGCUCGCCCCGGUCACAGACGGCAUCCGCCUCCUCCUCACCUGCCGCUCUCUCUCACUGCACCUCUCAGAUCCCUCCGAGUCCCUCUGGAUCGCCUACUGUGCGCGCUACGACCUCCGUUCGGUCGCCCACUUCCCCUCGCGCUCCUUCCGCACCGUCUACGCCGGCCUGCUGCACCCCUACGCCUGGCUCCUCGGCGCAUGGGCGAACGACGCGCCCUUCCGCGGCAACGUCCUCCACUUCCGCCUCGACCUCGGCAGCACCCACGAGCCGGGCGGCAUCGUCGGCGAAGUCUGGUGCUUCCCCCGCCCGGGCGACGACCCCGACGACUCGGACGACGACGACGACGACUUUGACCUUUCGCACCCGGAGCCGCCUCUCCUACAACGCGUGCUCAAAAUCGCCUUUAGCGACCCUUGCGAUGAAGACGCCACGCCCUGUACAGAAAACAGCAAAGCGACGAUGUACUGUCACCUCCCCGAUCUCGAGCUCUCGCACCCCUGCCGGCUGCACAUCCGUCGCGCCCCGCCCCAACCGCGCACGCUCCAAUUCCCCAUCCGCACCCCGGCCGGCGCGACGCUCACCUACCCGAUCCAGCACCCCGCCUUCCCGCCACACGCCUCCUCGCCCUGGAUCGAUCAUUCCCGCCCGCUCCCUCCCUCCCUCGCCUCCGUCCCCACCUCCGACUACGACGACGACGCCCUCCUCUCCUUCUCCAUCGCCUGCCCCUCCUCCGUCUGCACUCCCUACCACCAACCCCCCGCGCUCACCCUCCUCCCCGAGUCCGCGCGCUACUACCCCCUCUCCUCCACCCCCCACCCCUCCGGCGACCCGCGCUCGCCGGACACCCUCUCCGGCCUCUGGCUCGGCGCCUACGGCCCCCACGGCACGGAGCUCCUCCACCUCUCCCACUCCCCCGACGGCGUCCUCAGCGCGCACAAGAUCGUCGGCGACCAAAACGUCCCCCGCGGCGUCGAGACCUGGUCCGCUUACCUCGCCUCCGGCCCCCUCGCGCCCCCCGUCCGCAUCCCGGACCACCCCGAGCUCGACGACGACCGCUGCGCCGUCUACGAGGGCUCCGGCCGCGUUUCCAUCACCGGCUUCCUGGAUCAGGAAGACUACUUACCGGCGUACAUCGCCAUCCGGGACGCGGACACGAUCGACGUCUGGUGGGGCCCGCUCGGGAUGAUGAGCCGCUGCGUCCGGUUCAAGGGCCAGUUCCGCGAGAAAAAGUAA